ACUUCCAAACACAGAUCGCGCAAAGCGGCUGUGAAAUAUCCAUUUUCAAGGCUGACAUGUACGACUUAUCAAGCCGAAUGGAAGUAAACUGUGAUACAAGUCAACAUUCCGUGAAUCUGAGGAUCAACGCCAGCGUCGACAGAAACUUAGAAUCGAUCUGCUCCAAUAUGGACGCCAAUGACAUUAGUAACAGCAUAACGAUAGAGCUGCAUGGAGGGUUCGGUACCGUCGCAACCACAUCAGCUGCCGUGCCAAGUUACUCAUCAGAAAGUAAUCGCAUAGGCACUGCAGAUACUACCAGCAUCAAUACAUCAGACAGGGCAAGUGGACAGUUUCUCAACACGUGUCUGGCUGUCAUGCUGUACUUGGUGUUAAGUGGCGGCAUGAUUUAGUUGCCGCUGCACAGCUUGAUUGUUUUCCUGUACAGCGUUAGAGAACUGAGUUAAGCGAAGUCUGCACCGUGACACUAACUUCCUUUCACAUGCAUAUUUGUAUGCUGCAUGGUGGUGGCUGAACGGGAAGACGGAGGAAGUUCUGAACCUGAUGUUAA